UCGUCAGGACGCGCCCUCCCUCUGCGCAUGCGUACUUAAACAAACCGCUCACUAUGUCAAACCGCAGAAAUGAAACCGUUCGUCUGAAAACUACCUCAUGAAGUGCUGAACGGGCAGGUGUAGUUUGGAUUACCGGGGAGCCGCACAAAUCACAACAACAACAACAACAACAAGAUGUUUGGUAAGAAGAAGAGAGCCCCGCAGCCCAGAGGACAGGGAGCUGCUGCAGCCAAACAGAUGGGUCUGUUUGUGGACCUGGACCCUGAGGAGAUGAUGCUGGGUGUAGAAGGGAACCUGGACGAUCCGGACCUGGAGGCUGAACUCGCUGCUAUCACCGGGAAUAAAGCUGCUGCAGGAGGGAGAACCAAGCCCAAGGGGAAGAGCCCUCUGCCCAUGGAAGACAUCGCAAAAAUGGCUGACGAGUGUAUGAGAGACGUGGAUGAUGAUGACGACGACGACCACAUCGAGGACGAUGAAGAUCUCUUGGCAGAGCUGCAGGAAGUGGUGGGUGAUGAGGAAGCUGAGGAUGCGGUAACUGCUUCCUCCACAUCCUCCUCUCUGGCUGAAUCUUCUCAAGCUGCAACACCAGAAUCUCCAGUGGCGCAGCAGAAGGAAGUGAAGACGUCCUCUGCAGCCCCCGGCAGCCUCCAACACACCCUGGAGGAGAGAGCAGCCAUGUACAGGACGGCUCUGCAGAACGCCAAGACCGCAGGAGAGACGUCCAAGGCCAGGAGAUAUGACCGUGGUCUGAAGACGUUGGAGUCGAUGUUAGCGGCUGUUAAAAAAGGGAGGCCUGUGAACGAGGCAGAGAUCCCUCCGCCUGUUGCUACCGGAGCUCCGAGCGCCGCCCCUCGACCCGUCGUUCCUGCAAGACCUCCUCCGCCUGUACCUUUGCCUCCUGAACCCACCCAGCAGGAGGAAUCCUCGACGACGACGCUAGCGGUGCCGACUGUCGUCACACCGAGCAGUGAAGAUGAACAGUCGUCGCUGCCUGCUGUUAGCAGCCUCCCGUCUCCUGAGGAAAACACAGAGGAAGCUGCCGACGGCUCACAGACCGGUCAGACAGACGCGAACGAGGCGACCAAGACGUUACUGUUGGAGAGGCAGAAGGAGUACAAGAUGGCAGCGUUAAGAGCCAAGAAGGAAGGAGAUGUGGAGCAAGCUAAGCGUCAUUACAAGACCAGCAAGAGGUUCGAUGCAGUGAUCGAGGCGUUGGAGAAAGGACAGGCGAUUGACCUGAGUGGCCUUCCUCCUUCUCCAGGACAGGCUGCAGGAGGAAGCUCUGCUCCAGUGAACGAACCUUCCUCUGAGGUCACCCAACCGGUUGCUGCAGCUCCAGCACCUGCCGCCCCGUCACCUCCCAAAGAUGUACUGGAGGCUCUGGAACAGCGACGAGCCAAAUAUGCGGAGGCGUCUACUCAGGCCAAAGCCAGCGGAGACGACCGCAAGGCCCGAAUGCACGACCGGAUUGCCAAGCAAUACCAGAGCGCCAUCCGAGCUCACAAAGCUGGAAGAGCCGUAAACUUUGACGAACUUCCGGCUCCCCCUGGUUUCCCUCCGAUCCCCGGCCAGAAGGCAACGGGAGGCGAGCAGGGAUUUGUUGCUGCUCUGGAGGCAGCGAGUAAACUGGCUUCGACUGACACUGCUGAAAAUGCAGAGGAAGAUGAUGAGGACGAGAAAGAAGAAGAGUCUAAACCUGCUGUUCCAGAGGAGCCGAAGAAGCCCACAUUAGACGUCCCCACGGCCGGUCCAAGACAAAAAAGGUCUCCGUCAGCUUCACCCGACAGAACAGCUUCCAGGGAAAGACUCUCACCAACAGCGGUUCAGCAGCUGGAGUUCCUGGAGGGUCGGAAGAAGCAGUACAUGAAGGCGGCUCUGCAGGCGAAGCAGAAGAACGACAUGGAGCAGGCCAAGGUCUUCCUCCGGACCGCCAAGGGCUUCGACCCGAUGAUCGAGGCGGCACGCAGCGGCAAAACUGUCGACAUCAGCACCGUGCCGUCGCCCCCUGGUGACGAGGACGAAGACUUCAUCCUGGUUCAUCACAGCGACGUGCAGAUUUCAGAGAAGGCAGAGCAGGUUUACACCCAGUUGGCCAAGAUCCUGAAGGAGCAGUACGAGAAAUGUAUGACUCACUCCAAGCAGUUCACACACCUGGGGAACGUCGCAGAAACAACAAAGUUUGAGAAAAUGGCAGAAAGCUGUAAGAAGAGUCUGGAGGUCCUGAAGCUGGCCCAGUCCAGGGGUCUGCCUCCUCCGAAACACCACUUUGAGGAGAGAUCGUUUCGCACUGUGAGGAUAUUUCCAGACCUGAGCAGCACUGACAUGGUGGUGGUUAUCGUGAAAGGGAUGAAUCUUCCUGCUCCGAGUGGAAUCCAAACCAACUAUUUGGACGCCUACGUCAAGUUUGACUUCCCGUACCCGAGCACGGAGCAGCCGCAGAAACACAAAACAGCCGUCAUUAAGAACACUAACUGUCCAGAAUACAACCAGAGCUUCACUCUUUCAAUCAACCGGAACCACCGCGGCUUCAGGAGGGUGGUGGCAUCUAAAGGCCUCAAACUGGAGCUGCUGCACAAAGGAGGUUUCCUGCGGAGCGACAAGCCAAUCGGGACGGCGCUCGUGAAGCUCGAUAAGCUGGAGUCCCAGAGUGAAAUCAGGGAGAUUGUGGAGGUGAUGGACGGCCGUAAAGCCACCGGAGGUCGUGUUGAGGUGAAGGUUCGACUGCGGGAGCCUCUGAGCGGUCAGGACAUGCAGUCGAGCACCGAGCGCUGGCUGGUGAUCGACCCGUCGCAGGUUUGUGUUUAGGAGCUUCUCCAAGUUUAAAGAUGAACCACAUGAAAAAGAUGAAAGAAAGUCAAUCAGAAACACUCGAGGAGGAGGAGGGGGAGGAGGAGGAAGGCGUGUGGGGUCUGUCGAGGACGGUCUGGACUACACGGGUCUUUGACUUGUUAAAACUUUUGCACAUUUGCACGACACUUGAGCUCCCCUUCAGACCACCGGGAGGCAGGUGCUUCGGUCCUGGAGGUGGACGGUUUGUCUCUGUUUGAUGACGUGGAGCUAAACCUGAUCCUGCUGCCUGAUGUAACUCGUAGAAUAUAUCAAAGAACGUGUACAUAUUCCUCCUAUCUCCAGCUCUGGUAUCUAUGCACUAACACCAAAGUAAUCCCUGCUGCUGUAAAAUCCUGCAGAUUUGAAAUCGCCUUUAGCUGCCAAACCUCUGAGUAAAAUACAUAUAUAUAGAGAGAGAGAGAGAGAGGGAGGGAGGAAAAAUAAUAAAAUGUGCUAAGAAAUAAAAAAUAAAGAAUAUUACAAUAUUAAUCAUGAUAUGAAUCCGUAAAAGAAAAGGCUAAGAAAAGUAGAAAGAUAAAGACGAAUCAAUAAAAUAAUAGGAAAAAUAAGAUGAAAUGUAUUUCUAAAUAAAAUAAAACUAAAAACAAUGUUGCUAAAUAAAGAAAUAUUAAUCAAAAAAAAUCCAUAAAAGAAAAGACUGAUCGAAGUAGAAGUAUAAAGACAAAUAAAUAAAAUAAUUGUAAAAAUAAGAAGAAAUGUGCUACAAUAAUUUAGUGAUCACAAUGUCAGGUUGAUUUUGCUCCAUAAAAGCACAUUUCUUCCAAUUAUUUUUUUGAUAAACAUUGGUUUUUAUUGCCACAUUUCUUAAUUUUAUUUAUAAGCACAUUUCUUCUUCUUUUUUUAAAUUUUUUUUGUCUUUUAUUUCUUUUAUUACCCUUUUAUGGAUUUUUUUUGAUGAAUAUUGCCACAUUAUAUUUUAUUUAUACAAGCACAUUUUUUAAAAAUUAUUUCUUUAUAUUUCUGCCUUUAUUAGCCUUUUAUGGAUUCAGUUUUUGAUUAAUAUUGCCACAUUAUUUUUAUUUUUUCGUCUUUAUAUUUUCACUUUUAUUUGCUUGUUCUCUUACAGAUUUAUUUUUGUAAUUUGGCACUCUCACUACUCCAUAGUUGGGAGUUUCUAAAACGCAGACGAAGCCAAGAAACCCUGAAGCUAAACACGGUACGCUGAUUAUUUCACGAUUUAAGACUACUCCCUUUUUUUUUUUUCUUUUAAGCACCUUUCACUUGGACUAACUGAUCACCAAACUCACCUCCUGGAGGCUUUAUUUGUUAAAUUUUAGUCACGUUGACACCAAGUAGCACAAAGCUGCAGCUAAAAUCACGAUACACAGAUUAGAAGAGGGGCUGCUGCUCAUUUUAUUCAACAUUUUGGUUAGCUUAGCAUAGAGACUUACAACAGUUCUGAAACACGUCUACAGUGCCUGUAAAGUUCCCAAACUGACAUUUUAGCUUUUAAACUGACACUUUGAGGAGUUAUGUGCCGUUGCUAACUGGUAGCAGGAGCAGCGACCGGCUAAACGCUUCCCUCUGGCUUCUAGCUGUUAUGCUAAGCUAGGCUACCCCAAGCUUACUUUAGCUUUAAUGGAGGCGAGAGCAGAAUCAGGCUCCUCAUCUUUUUCAAACUAUGCAUCAGUCCUCUCAUGCUACCGGAUAUCAGAACGAGUCCUCUGAUCUUUAAAGGGUCAGUUUUAUCAGACAAGUUAGCAUUUAUUUUAUUAAUCAAGUAUUUAGAUGCAAUCUGUGUGCGCAAGUAACAGUCUAAAUUCUCUUACCAUAUUUUGUGAACAAAACAAGGAAUUUGGGAAAUGAAAAUUGACAUUUUUUGCCUCCUAUUUUCUAAACUAAUCAGUAAGUUGAGAAAAUAGUCAUAUUAAAAAUAAUUGCUAGUGGCAGCCCUGUUAACUCACAAAAAGACUUUCUAGUGAAACGUAGCACUUCAUUUUUUCAGAGAUUCCUGUCCCUUAACCCUCGUGUCGUCCUGCUAAAGUUUGAAUAUGUGGAAAAAUAUAUAUAUAUUAGAAGAAAAUAUUCAAAGUUUUACUGAUAUAUAUGGAAUCACUUCAGAUAUUUUUAGGAUUUUUUUUGGAAGAUUUUUACUCAUUUUUGGAAAAUAUUUACAAGAAUUUUCUUGCCAAAUUUUUAUUUAUUUUUUUUGUGAGAACAACAGGAGGGUUAAAUGUAAAUCUGAUGAGUCUUUCUAUAAACAAAAUGUUCUCUGGAGUGAAUUUUUACAGAAGAAAUAAACCGAUGUAAGAUGUUUACCUCAGGAGUCGGCAAAAACAGACUUAAAAUUGGAUUUAAAUUCAUUCAGCGGCCAGAAACAAAGCAUUAACUCUCCUGUUGUCCUCAUUUAUGGGCACCAAAAAAUAUUGUUUCCUUGUCUGAAAAAAAUCCAAAAAUUCAGAAAAAAAUUCCCCAAAUUUCUGAAAAUUUGCAAAACCUUCAGGAAGAAAAUUCCAAUAAUUCCUUAAAAGUUUCCCUUAAAAGUUUUAUUUUAAAAAAAUUCCCCAAAUUUGGCAAGAAAAAUCUUCAAAAAAAAAUCCUAAAAAUAUCUAAAGUGAUUCCAUAUAUAUCAGUAAAACUUCUAAUAUUUUCUUUAAGAACAUUCACAAAAAAAUCAACCAAAAUCCAGCAAAUUUUGCUGGAUUUUGGUUGAUUUAAUUUCUUAAGAAACAUAUCUAACAUAUUUUUCCACUGAAAAAUUUUGAAAAUGUGGACAUCAGAAGUUUCACUGUGAUUUUUUUCCCCCCCACAUUUUCAAACUUUAAAACGGGUCAAUUUUGACCCACAGGACGACAUGAGGGUUAAAUGAACGAUAUUGUUGCUUAGCAGCUCUAUAAUGCGAUCAUUUGUUGCGUUUACAGACGUUUUGGUCACGAUUUCCAGUUGCUGUGAUUUUUUUUUUUUUUUUUUUUAAGUAAUGUGAGUGAACUGACAGAAGAAGCCAAAACGAGUCGCCCAUCAGCUGCCAGACGUCACCGAGGUCUCAACAUUUCUGUUUCUCGGGGUAAAAACUUCCAACUACAAACACUGAAUGAUUAAACUCAUCAUGUUGUCCUCUAAUGUUUGGAUCGACUCCGUGUUUACAAAGAUCAAUGAUGUCAUGUCGUUUCCAGGAAGCUACAAAAUAAGACGAGUGGAGGAUUUUGCUAGGAUAACGUUAUUUCUUUUAGACCGACAAUUCAAAGUAAAGAUGGUUUUACUUUAGCUGACAUGUUUCAACGGCAGUCUUCUUCAGAGCGUCAUCUGACGUGUGCUGACGUGUCCUUUUUAUCAGGUGACCUAUCUGUCAGAUAGGCCACGCCCCCCGCCCGGUGGCCUCAACAUCAGGAACCCCAUCCCAACAAAAAAUGCAGAAAAAACAAAGCAAAGAAGGCUCUCAUCAGAGAGAGGAUAAGGACUACAGUAAAUAAACUGGAAAAAAAUCAACACACUUAUACAGGAUUAUUCAAACGAACUCAAAGAACGCCUCACUUUGGAGCCAGACAUACACAAAUAAGUUCACAUUUAAAACGCACACACGAAGAAGAAUUCAUUCCAACGAAAAAUCACCGCAUCCAAAAACUGAGCAAACUAAGAGAAAGAAAAAACAGAAACAAACACACACAAUUCAAGAACAAAUGGGUACGAAACUUACCACAACGCACCCUCACGGAACACGAACAAACAGUUUUGACAAGAGGCCUCAACUUCGCCAUCACACCCACCACAAUACCACACGAAGAAUUCAUACUAGCAACAGAAUUAGCAUGCCAGAAAUUACAGGAUCAGGGACACAAAUCGGAACUCCGAAACACAAUAGCAGGCAUUUUAAAAUCGGCAAAACUUCCUAACAGCAACAUCACCAAGCAAGAAACAAAAGCAGUAAAAUCACUCAAACAGGACAACAGCAUCACCAUCCUACUGGCCGACAAAGGACGAACCAUGGACACGGACACAUACGAACAACAGCUAACUGCUAAUGCUACAGGACAGGAACACAUACGAACAACAGCUAACUGCUAAUGCUACAGGACAGGAACACAUACGAACAACAGCUAACUGCUAAUGCUACAGGACAGGAACACAUACGAACAACAGCUAACUGCUAAUGCUACAGGACAGGAACACAUACGAACAACAGCUAACUGCUAAUGCUACAGGACAGGAACACAUACGAACAACAGCUAACUGCUAAUGCUACAGGACAGGAACACAUACGAACAACAGCUAACUGCUAAUGCUACAGGACAGGAACACAUACGAAAUACUCAAAAAAGACCCCACAGAACAAAAGAAAAGGACAUUAAAAACUCUGCUCAAGCCACUAUUAGAAACCAAUAAAAUAACACAGGAAGCUUACAACCACCUCAUUCCCACAGCUAACGUUACCCCCCGGAUAUAUGGGACACCAAAAAUAAAUAAAAAAGACACACCACUGCGCCCUAUUGUAGACAGCAUCGGAUCAGUCACCUAUAACCUCUCAAAAGCUUUAGUAGAAAUCAUCAAACCCCUCCUCGGUACAUCACAACAUCACUGCAAGAACUCAAAACAACUGGCACAAGAACUCAACAAUAUCACAGUACAAAAAGACGACAUAUUCAUUUCACAUGAUGUAGUUUCAUUAUUCACAAAAACCCCCAUUGACGUCACAUUACAUAUCGUACAAGAGCGACUAAGGAGGACAGGACACUGAAAAAAACGCACAAACCUCACAGUAAAUGACAUCCUCACACUACUCCGGUUCGUUGCCACAUCCACCUAUUUUCAGUUCAAAGGAAUUAUUUACAGUCAGAAACAAGGUUUUGCAAUGGGAGAUCCACUAUCUGCAAUAAUGAGUAAUUUGUUCAUGGAGGACCUAGAAACAAAAGCCAUCCACACAGCACCCACACACUGCAGACGACACGUUGAUGACAUCCUGGAAAUAAUAAAAUCUGGACACACACAAGAACUUACCGAUCAUCUGAAUAACAUGGACGACACAGGAAAUAUACAAUUCACGCAUGAAGAAGAAAUAAACCGGACCAUUUCAUUUUUGGACAAACAUACACCACAGACAAGACGGCAGCAUUAAGAUCACAGUUUACAGGAAACCCACACAUACAGACCAGUACCUCCUCUGGACAUCAGAACAUCCACAGAACACAAACUAUCAGCAGUUAGAACACUUUAUGAACGGACCAGUAUCAUAACAGACGAUAAAGACAGACAGGAGGAGGAAAAACACAUCACCCACUGCAUGACACUGUGGGGUCUUUAAGCAGUUCCUUCAGCAGCAGACUGAGACAUCCACCCUGCAAGAAGGAACGCUAUCACAGGUCCUUCAUCCCAUCUGCUGUAAGACUUUACAACAUCAGCAUCACUGGCUGAUGUUAACAUAAACUGGACUACAUCAUUACCACCCCAAACCAUAAAAUUUGCACUGACAUUCUUGCACUGCACAUCUCUGCACUUUUAAACUUUAUUUUUAUUUUUUCUGUUAAAAAUUUUUUUCACCCUUGUAUAUAUUGUAAAUAAAGCUGCUGUAACAAUGUAAAUUUCCCCUGGAGUGGGGAGAAAUAAAGAACUUUAUCUUAUCUUAUCUUAUCUUAUCAAGAACGCACUCAUACUCUGCCAAUACCCGAUAUGGGCCAUCAACAAAGGAAAACAACAAGCUAAAAACAAAGUAAAAAAAAAAAACAAAAGGAAACACAAACAAAACGCACACAACAACCAGACAAUAAAAACAAAGACACAAUCACCAUCCCAUAUAUCCAUGGGAUAACAGAACCCAUACAGUGCAUAAUGAAAAAACACAACAUCAACACAGCAGUAAAACCACAUACAAAACUCUGGCAGCUAUUAGUCCAUCCCAAAGACAAAAUAGAACCGGACAAGAAAUGCAGCAUCAUUUAUGAAAUUCCGUGCAAAUCUUGCGAGAAAACAUACAUUGGAGAAACAGGCAGAACAUUCAACACAAGACGAAAAGAACACCAGACAGAAUGCGAAAAGGAAACAACUGGACGACUCACAAGAACACAAAAAGAAAAAGCCGAACAAGAAAACAAAAAAUCAGCCAUCAGGGACCACUGCAAAAGAAAUAAUCUUAUCAUGGACUGGGACAGGGGGAGGAUUGUAACAUCAGAGACCAACAAGCAUAAACGAUGGAUCAAGGAGGCCAUCGAGAUCAGGAAGCAGGCGAGCUGCUCCAUGAACCAGGACGAGGGGGACUACACCCUCUAAUACCUGAGACUCUGUCAGAGUCUCAGGUAUUAGACCACCGGACGGCGGGGGGCGUGGCCUAUCUGACAGAUUCUGACAGAUCUGUCAGACUGGUCACAUGAUAAAAAGGACACGUCAGCACACGCCAGAUGACGCUCUGAAGAAGACUGCAGUUGCAGUUGAAACAUGUCAGUUAAGGUAAAACCAUCUUAUCUUUGAUUUGUCGGUGUAAAAGAAAUAACGUUAUCCUAUGAUAGUCAACGACAAAAUGAACAUCAUCCAAAUAUGGAGGAUUUUGCUGUUUUUAAUCGUGGACUGAAUUUGCUUUUCCUGCUUAAAAAUGUACCAUUAAAAAGAACUGGUUUUAA